AUGGCCGCCGCCGUCGUCCUCCCACCACCACCAUCACCCAUGGCCUCUGCACCACCAACACUUCCUCCAACACACCCUCUUCCACCCGUCCCAACGCACCCUCUUCCUGUAUCCACAAAGGCGAGGCCAAAGCAGCCCAUGGUCCGUCCGGCGCCAAGGGGUCCGCCACCGCCAGUUCCUGCGCAAGUGGCGCCGUCAGCCCCACGCGCACUGAUGCACGAGAUGACGCUGCGUGAGAUUGACAACAUUGUCGAUGCACAUGUGGAUGACCGCCUCGAUGUGCGGUUUGGGGACAUGCUGGGGCAAGUCAACGACCGCGUCGAUGUGCGGCUGGGGGACGUGCUGGGACAUCAUGUCAACGAACGCGUCGACGUGCGGGUUGGGGACAUGCUGGAAGUCAAGGCGGACGACCUGCUCGACCACAAGCUUGACGAUCGGUUAGAAGACAAGGUCGACGAGGUCCUCGAGCGCGCCCUGGACGAGAAGCUCGACUCGAGGCUGGUCCUCCUGCAACAGAGCGUCGACAGCGUCCACGGCACCGUGGAACGCGUCAUGAGGGUCGCAAACACCGGGUUCAAGCACGUCAAUGUGGAAGUGGCAGACGUGGGACAUGCGGUGCAUGGCUACGAAGCAAGGAUAAUGGUGCUCGAGCAAAAGGUCGAGGCACUGCAAGAUGUGGACAAGCGGCUCAAGCAGAUUGAGAAGCGUCUGUCGAAGGCUGAGGCGCGCGAGGGUUGUGCAUGCGUUAUCAUGUGA